AUGGCACCAAUUGGCGACGAUGCCUCGCAGACCCUCCAUGACUUGGUCAACAAGCUCGAGUCGAGGGUCAAGGAGCUCGAAGACAAGCUUGCGCAUGCGGCUGGUGGUCCAGCACCAUCUCCUGCUGGGAGCGUCAGAAUGAUUCUUAUGGGUCCUCCAGGUGCUGGCAAGGGAACUCAAGCUCCUAAGAUCAAGGAGAAAUUCUCAUGCUGUCAUUUGGCUACUGGAGAUAUGUUGCGAUCACAAGUUGCGAAGAAGACACCAUUGGGUCGGGAAGCUAAGAAGAUCAUGGAUCAAGGUGGUCUCGUUAGUGAUGAGAUUGUUAUUGGCAUGAUCAAGGCCGAACUCGAGGGCAACUCAGAGUGCAAGGGAGGAUUCAUUCUUGAUGGUUUCCCACGUACGGUCGUGCAAGCAGAACGCUUGGAUGCCAUGCUUGCAGAGCGCAAUCAAAAGCUACAACACGCAGUUGAACUUCAAAUUGACGAUAGUCUUCUUGUAUCCCGCAUUACUGGACGUUUGGUGCACCCAGCCUCAGGCCGAUCGUAUCACAGAAUAUUCAACCCACCUAAGGCAGAUAUGAAGGACGAUAUCACUGGUGAACCAUUGGUCUCAAGAUCCGACGACAAUGCCGAAGCUUUAAAGAAGAGACUUGUUACCUACCACGCUCAAACUGCCCCUGUCGUUGGUUAUUACCAGAAGACUGGCAUCUGGAGUGGAAUUGACGCUUCACAAGAGCCCGGCGCUGUUUGGAAGUCACUUUUGGGUGUAUUCGACAAACAAAAGGGUGCUAACGGUUCGAUACUCAGCAAAAUUACCGGUCGCUCUUAG